GAAGGUGAGGUGGACUUUGAGCAUUCAGAGCCCCGUCUGUGCCUCCCCAGGCUUCUGACUGAGCCCAGCUGAGGGUAUAAAAGCUUCACUCUGAGGCUGAGAAUUCAGUCUCAUCAGAGUACUCGCCAACCUCAGAGGACAGAGCUUCAACGAACCCAUCAUGGGUGACUCAAAGCUCUGCCUUUUGCUGCUCCUCAGCACAUCUGCCUUGGCUUUUGCCCAAGAUAGAGAUGCAGAUCAGUCCACCUGUCUGCUGGCCCAGAGGUACAAGACCCUACACAAGUAUACAUACCAGUAUGAGGCUGAAUCUCUGAACGCUAUCAACGGAGGCUCACAGCUCAAGAACGGACCCAGGGCCUCUUGCAUGGUUGAAAUUGAAGUGCCUCAGACUUGUAGUUUCAUCGUCCGCACCACUGGCUGCAGGCUUAGUGAGGUGGUCGACAUGGACGCAAAUGGCAACCCAGUGUUUGGUCCUGCACCUACCUCUGAUGCCUUUGCUGAUGAAAUGUCAAGAUAUCCUCUGAAGUUUGUGGUUGAGGGUGUGUACGAUGUGAAGCUGUACCCCGAGGAGGGUGAGACCACAACUACCCUCAACAUCAAGAGGGGUAUCAUCUCCGCCCUGGCUGUACCUCUUCUGGACGAACAAAAGAACAAGAACAUGCCUACCAUUCACGGCAUGUGCAAGACCUACUACACCGUCAAUGCUAGAGAGGACAUUGCAACUGACAUCAGCCUGAACAGGGACCUGUCCAGUUGUGACAAAUUCGCCCCGAUUAAAGAUCACACCAGUCCACUGGCACUUAUCUCUGGCAUGCACUACCCUCUUGCUCAGCUGGUUAGAGGCUCGCAAAUUUGCAACUACAGGUUUGACAAUGAGAAAAAACACAUGACCUCUGGAUCCUGCACUGAGAAACACAUCCUGAUCCCCUUCUCACACAAGGGAGAAUAUGGAGUUACCAAUGUUGGAAAGCAAGACCUAACUCUGGUUACAGUUUCUCCUCACAAUGACAGAGUCUUUGACCACAGUGACACUGUCAAGGAUCUUCACAUGGAAGCCGUUGAGGACAAGAGCACUGUCCAGGAUAAAGAUGGGGUUCUGAGUGUCCUGAGAGAAUUGGCAACUUUGCCCGAGACCCAGGGCGAGAGGAGGGCCCACCUCUUCCACAAGCUUGUCUCCAUGGUCCGUGGAAUGAAGGCCGAAACCCUGAGUCCAACCAUUCCAGAGGCUCUUGUUGUGUCCCAUGCCCUGACCUACCAGGUUCUGGCCCAGUGUGGAACUCCCGAGUGCACCAGCGCCAUCAUGCAGAUCCUCAGGACCUUCGAUGCCGACUCCCUCAAGGUUGAUGCUGCCGUUUUCGCUAUGGGACUCGUGUCCAAUCCUUCCUCCCAACUGAUCAAUGACAUGCUCCAGAUGGCCAAGUACAAGAACAGCAAGCCCAUCAUGUACGCAAUGAGCAACGCCGUCAAAAGGUUUUACGCAGCUGAAAAAAGACUGACUCCUGAGAUUUACUCUGUUGCUGAGUUCUUGGCUGCAAAGCUGGGAGACUGUUCUGGAGACAAGGACCAAACUUUCUUGACUCUGAGGGUUACUGGAGACAUGUCCCAAGCUGUGGUACCCGCUAGCCCUGCACUCAGAGCCGCCGUGUUCCACUGUGUGAACCAGCCUUCAGCUUCCCUGACUGUGCAGCAGGCCGCCAUCCAAGUGUUCAGGCUGGUUGCUGUCCCUGAUGAGGGCAGAGAGGUGUUUAUGAAGGUUCUUUUGGAUGAUACCAGCCCCACCCAAAAGCGCAUUGCUGCAUAUCUGGUGCUUAUGAAGGACCCCAAGCCAAGUGAACUAACCCAGAUGGUUAACGCCUUGGCCAAUGAGCAAGACACACAAGUCAAGAACUUUGUCCACUCCCACAUAACCAACAUUUUGAACUCGAACGAGAACCAAGAGCUGAUAGGGAAGAUUCGGGUUGCCAUGCAGGGUAAUGAGAUUGGGCCCAUUAUGUUCCCCAGCAAGUUGUCUCGCAACUACAAGCUCGGAUCUUUGGAGGGCAACAUGAUCUUUGAUGGUACCAGUUACCUGCCCAAGGAGGCUAUGCUUGAAAUGACUCUGAAGGCAUUUGGCUACGAAUUGUAUAUUAUGGAGGUUGGUAUGGAGGGCAAAGGAUUUGAGCCGACAGUUGAAGCUCUGUUUGGAGAAAAUGGAUUCUUCCCUGACACUGUCCUGAAGACUAUGUACUUUGUCUCUGACAACAUGCCACGCACAGUCAACGAUAUCCUGCGGGAUGUGGUGCCUGCUCUGGAGAAGAACAGGAUGACAAAACAGGCCUCUCAGAAUUUGAUGAGGGAGGUCGGACGCAACCUCAACAAACUGGUGAGGGAACUGAAGACUGCACAUUCUCCAGAGGCUAUGGUUUAUCUGAAACUUUUGGGAAACGAACUUGGAUAUCUGAGAACCAACGACAUGGAGGAGAUGGCCUACUCUGCUGCCAUGAUGUUUGACAGCAUGUUCAAGAUGUUCCCAUCUGAUAUAAUGAAGGCAUUGAUGACCAAAACUGACAACACGAUCUUUGCACACUACAUCUUCAUGGACAACGAAUUCUUCUUGCCCACUCUCACUGGUUUCCCUCUGAGGAUUGCACUGUCUGGUACUUUCACCCCUGGCAUCAAGGGAGGACUUAAGAUAGCCCGUGACAUGAGCGAAGUGUCUUUCAUGCCCUCUGCCGGUAUUGAGUUUGUAACACAAGUUGGCUCUCACAUCCCUGAGUAUGUCAACUCUGGAUUAGAGAUGCACACCAACAUGUUCCAUGAGAGCGGGCUCAAGGCCAAGAUCUCCUUCGGACGUGACAAUGUUAAGCUGACCAUCCCUGCUCCAACAACCCCCACAAAGAUCAUCAAAAUCACAAACACUCUGGUGGCUGUGACUAAAUCAGAAGUGAUGGCCAUCCCUCCUAUGGUAAUGGACAAGGUUGACGUUAGCAAGUGCUCUCCCUUCUUCACUGGAAUGAAAUACUGCACUGCACUGGAAUACACUGAUGCUUUCUCUCAGGAGACAUCCCCCUACUUCCCCAUCACUGGAAACAGCAAAUUUAUCAUGGAGCUUCAGCCUACUAAUGAAGUCACUGAGUACACAGCUACUGUGGCCUAUGAGCUCCUCAGGGAGGGAGAAGAGGGCCGGCAGAAGGUUGACUCUGUAACAUUUGCUCUGAAGGCUGAAGGUGCAGAGCCCACUGAAGCCAGAGCAAUAAUGAAAUAUAACAGAAGGAAGAAUGUCAUCACAGCCGACAUCCAGAUCCCUGACUAUGACGUGGAGGCCGGACUUAGGCUUGGUAUUGUUGAUGGAAACACCAGGGGCAAAGGAACUCAUUCGGUCUCUCUUGACUUUAUAAACAAGAACAUUCCUCAGCUCUCCCUGGUUGGCCGUGCCAAUCUGAAGGCCAUGAAGGAAGGCAUGCUGCAAGUCCAACUUCUGAUCCCCUCGAUCAGUACUGACGCCACUGUCACAGCGAACAUGAAACGUGAGGACGAACUGGAACUGGAACUUAAGAGCGAAGUCAAGAUCAUGGACGCAACCUCUGAGCAGAAAAUCGCAAUGAAAUAUGAUGCUAGCAAGAUUGAGUUUGAGGUCAAGUCUGAUGUGAAUGCUAAGACCACCAUCCUGCCUAAUGCUGACAUUCUUGAGAGGUACGGCAAUGAGCUUCUUGACAUGAAGGUGGGGCAGUCCGACAUGAAAGUCCGUCAAGUCUUCAAGAAGUUUGUGGAGGCAGCAAACAACUACAUGGAAAUGUACGGUGAUCAGUUGCCUUACAUUCAGGACUUUAGAGUACCCGAUGUGCCUGAGAUUUCCCUUCCAGAGACUCUAUUCCUGACUACUGAGGCUAAAGCUGUCUACCACUUCAACAAUGAACGCUUCACUAUUUCUAUUCCUCUGCUUCUUGGAGGAAAGUCAACAGAUGAGCUUAACUUCCCACAAGCUCUGACCACUCCCAGUGUGGUUCUACCCCAGUUUGGACUGGAAAUUGGCUCCAUGGAGAUUCCUAUCCCAGAACUUGUUAUUCCAGAGAGCAUCAUACUAUCUAUUCCUCUCUUUGGUAAAGCCAUGGUUUCAACUGUGAUGACGAGCAACCUUUAUGACAUGGAAGCUUCAGUGUCUGCAGGCAAAAAUGUUAUCGAAUCACCAAGCUAUUCAGCUACGUUUGGUGUGACAGGAACCUCUCCAUUUGACAUCCUCUCGCUGAAGAUUGAAGGAUCUGGAAUGGUGGCCAACACUGACUCCAUCAAAGCAUACUUGAAAAGUUCUUUGGCCCAUAAAUUCCUUGAUGCCAGCAUUAGCAUUGUCGAGGAUGCAACCAUUACAGACAAAAUCAAUUUGAAAUCAAGCAGCAAGAUGGAAGCCCAAAGUCCUUUAGGUCUCAGCAUUGUUUUUGAGCACACUGGUAUGGUUGGAAUGAACACUGACGAAAUAUCUGCUGAUAGCAACUUGGUCUGGAAGUUCAUGGCCGGGCCCAUGUAUGGGUCAACCAUUUCAACCCAGUCAUUUACCAUUCUCCCAUUCAACCCAAACACUUUUAAGAUGGAUUCUACUAUUCAGUUUGAAUCCCCAAUUCUUAUCGGACAGAACGUCAUUGCAACAACCCUUGUCAAUAACGAAUUCACAUUUACGUCUAAAACCAAUGACGAUCAAGAUACCUUUAUUCAUGUGGCUGAGCUUUCAUUCAAAGACACGAAACUGUCACUGAAAUGUGGCGCAAAUGCCAAUGCUCUUGGUAUGAAGAUCCGCAACCAGGCUGAAGCCUCUGCUGGUGCUGGUGAAGUCAUCAUGAGGAUGGAGACAAAUGCAGACCAUUCUGAAAAUCGCGUUUACGCCCUGCAGACUGUAAUACUUGAUGUCAACGGUCUGGCUGUAAGCAGCGAUGCCAGUGUGAAGCUACUUGAGAAUGAGGCUACUCACAAGGCCAUUCUGAAAAUGAACAAGGAAGGUUUAACCACAAGUGGAACAACUACUCUCCAGAGCCCUCUGUCCUUGGAAAACACCUUCACCGCUGGUCUUGAUUCUACAAGGGCUACUCUGUCAACUACCAACAAGGCAGCAAUGCAUGAUAUCAAGUUUGAUAAUGCCAACAGCAUGACCAUUACUCUUUCUAGCCUUGACUUCAAGUCAACCAUAGAAACCACUGCUAGUGAGUAUGCCUCUUACACUCAUGAUAUCGCCUUUGAUCUGCAACCCUACACCGCCUUUGCAAAGGUGAACAACAACCUGAAACUUCUGGCUGCCAACUUUAUUAAUGAGGCACAGCUGCAGGCGGAGCUUUUCAAGAUGGACCUAACUGGAAACCUGAAGGCAAGCUACGGGGAGGAAGAAAUCAAGCACACCUAUCAGAUCAGUUAUGCUGAUGUGAGUGCUGAUGCAAAGUGCAGCUCCACUGGAAAACUCUUUGGGACACACAUGAGCCACAACACUGAACUGCAAGUAGCUGGUCUUGCUGCCAAGCUCAUCAACAAUGCCCGCUUCAACUCACAGCCAAUGAGUUUUCAGCACACCAUCCAAUGCUCCAUUGUUCCUUUUGAUUUCAACCUUGAUGCCAUGUUCAAUGCUGAUGGAGACAUGACCAUGUAUGGAAAGCACAGCGGCCAGCUCUAUGGAAAAUUCCUUUUCAGAGCACAACCCUUGGCUUUUGCCAGCUCACAAGAAUGCAGAGCAUCAGUUACCCAGAAGCUGGAUAACGGCCUCGCCCUUGAGACCGCAUUCUACAACAAAAUAGAUACUACUCUGUCACUCCAAGAGCAGAAGACCAGUUUCAAAAUGAAUUCUAAAAUGAAUGAGCAUGCCUUUAAUCAGGGCAUUGAUGUUUACAACACUGCUGAGAUGGCCGGAAUUGAAGUCUUUGGCACCAUGCUCACUAAUAUCCUCAACACAGCCUCUGCAGAGAACCAGGAAUUCACCAUCUCUAGUUUCCUAAAAUAUGACAAGAGCACAAACAGUCGUAUAAUUCAGUUGCCUCUGUUUAAAAGCCUGACUGACUUCUUGGAAGUCAUCAAGGGAGUUGUUGUGUACAUGGGAGAGGCAGUGCAAGACAGCAUCAACAGUAGAGAGAUGAGGGCUACACUAGAGGCUCUUUCCCAGCGAACAAGUGAUGUAUUUGCUCAAAUGAAUACAGAAGGCAAGGCAAUUCAGCUGAAGCAAUAUUUCAACGAUUUUAUCCAAAACUACUCCUUCUCACUGGAUGAUGUCGAAACCUUUUUGAGAGAGAUGGAGGUUAUUUUUAAGAGACUGUUGGCUGAUCUCAGAGUUUACAUACAAUCCUUUGCUGAGGCAGUACAAAAGAUAAUUGUUAGCGGCACCUUCCCCGACAGCCUUAUUCAGAAUAUUCAAGACCUGCUGAACACCAUUGAUGAGGAGUAUGGCAUUAAGAAUGUGGUUGUGUUUGUGAUUGGUACCGUGAGAGAUAUGCUCCAGGAGAUUGACCUAGAACAACUGAAGGGCAGCAGCAUUGCAUUCUUGUAUGAUAUUGAUGCCAAGUAUGAAAUCAGGGCUCAACUACAGACAAUUAUGAGUGAGAUUCAAGAAUUAAUUGAGAACUUUGACAUGGCAGAAUUUGCUGCUGAUCUGAAGAGGGGCAUUGCAUCCAUCAACCUUAGAAUUCCAAUUGAGAUACUGUUCAGUGAUAUCCCCACUGAGAUUUUCAAUGACAUAACUUAUUAUAUUAGGAAUGUGAUUAGAAACUUUGAUAUUGUAGGUCAGGUGAACAGCUUCUGUGCCAAGAUAAGAGAGUUGAUUGUAAAGUUUGAGGCUGACAAAAAGAUUCAAGUUGUCCUUGAAAAAGCUGUGGAACUGGUUAAACAGUUAAAAAUUGAAGAAACUCUCAGGGCUGUAGCCAAGAUCGUGGUGGACGCAGACAUUCCUACCAAAUUUAUGGAAGUCUUCCAGAGUGUUAUCAACUACUUGAAAACAACUGAAGUUAAGGAUGUGAUUCAAAAGCUGAACAUAUAUAUUGAAACCACUGUGAAAUCUAUGGAUUAUAAUAACUUUGUGGAUCUUAUCAAUCUAAGUAUUGCUGAGUGUACAACUUAUGUGAACAAAAUGAUCAAGGCUCUUGAAAUUCCCCAGAAACUUGAGGCAAUGCGAGACUUUGUCAACACAGUCUUAUCUACUGUUCGAGAACUUGUGGAACGCCUGAGAGAAAUCAGAGUUGCAGAAAUGAUAAAAACUGUAAAGGAUAUCAUUGAUGAGAGUUUCUUGGAUCAGGUGAAGAGAUUUACUGAAGUCGUAAAGGAGAAGAUUACAAAUCUGGAUGUCAAACCCGAGAUUUCCUUUAUUCUGAAAUCAAUGAGCAAAUACUACACAAGGGCCAUGGACAUCAUCUCUGAAACAUUUAGCACAAUAUUUGAGAUGCUCAAGACAGUUGCACCUGACCAAAAGAUCUUCAGUGAGUUUCAGCAGAUCAUUGAUGGGCUCUGUGCUGAACUUAAGAAAGCAGAGGUCAACAUACCAUCAUUCAUAAUUCCGUUUACAGAUCUUGUUGUGCCUUCCAUGAAGUUCAGCAUGGAUAAGCUUGGGCAAUUUGAAAUCCCCACACAGUUUGACAUCCCUGAGUUCACCAUCCUGCAACAGUACACUGUGAAAGCCACCACAAUUUCCUUUGAUGAUAUAAAGCAGAGAAUCAUUGACCUCAUUGAGUUCAUUGUAAACUUUGAUAUCAAAAUGCUUGAUGUGGACACUUUCUUUGGAGACUUGACUUUGAACUAUCUUCCUUCCAUGCCUGAGAUAACCUUCCCAGAAAUCACACUUCCUGAGAUCUCCUUCCCUACAAUCCCCAGGGUAAACGUAGAAACUCUUGUUAAAUCUCUUCAGAUUCCUGAGAUGAAGUUGCCAACCAUUCCAAGUGAGAUCAUGAUUCCAACCUUUGGUAAACUCUAUGGUGAGUUCAGACUCCAAUCUCCCAUCUACAUUGUCAGGACAUCUGCUGAGUUCCAAAACUCCACUGAGAAUGCAAUGACACCUCAGUUCACUGGAAUCUUAACUUCCCAGGGCAUAUCCAGUUAUGAUUUGCUUAGUUACAAAUUUGACGCCAAUGCACGCAUUGCAAUCCCAAGAAUGAGUCGUAUUGUAUUGGCAGAAACUGUAAAACUCAACCAUCCUGCCCUUGGAGUUGAACAUCAGGCAUCUGUAACUUUCUAUGGCCAAACAGCCCAGGCCCAGGCAAAAACUACGAUUAAGGUUUCCACCGCCCCUUACACUGCAAUCUUUAUGAACGCAGCUUUCAUUGGUAUGGCAGGCGGAAUGACUGGUUCUCUUGAUACAUCUUACACUCAUGUAGUGGACCUCCCAUUUGCCAGAAGUGAGAUCACUGCAACCCAAAAAUCAGUUGUGCGGCAAAAUGGGCUGUCACUCAUUCUACAAGCUGAUAAUGCAGGCAACGGAAAGCUUAAUUAUAGAAAUGGAAACCACAAUAGCAAACUGAGUUUGUCUUUAACUCCCAGAAUUGUCACACUAGCUUUCUCUGGUGACACAGACGCUCUCAUAAAGAUGAAACAGGAAAUUAAUGCUGAAUUGAGCCCUUUCACCUACUUCAAAUUUAAUGUCCGCAAUGAGGCAGAGGCACCAAUCAUCAAGAAUAGUCUUUUUGUGGCAACUGGACUCGUCAGCAUUCCUGAUAUUAAGGCUGAGCUGAAAGUAAACCAUGACACAGAACUAUAUGAUGAAGUCAGUGGAGUGGUGUCCAAUGGACUGAACUUCGUAGCCAGCCCAGAUAAGUUUGCCUUUGAAUUCCAAAAUAAAGGAAACGUCAAAGUCAACAUUUUUAAAUCUCUGGCAGCCAAGAUAGACCUGCAGAAUGACUACUCAGCCAAAUUCAGUCCUGAUCACCAACAGAUGAACACUGUCAUGCUGGCUCGUGUGAAUCAGUACAAAAUAUUCUAUAACUUCACUCUCAACAAUGAUAUGGAAAGAGUUGGCAUCUCUGUUGCCAUGGAAAGUGAAGCAAAUCUGGACUUCCUGACAUACCCCAUCAGCAUCCCUGAGAUUGACCUGCCAUUUGGUCAUAUUCCAGCCAUUGAAAACCUGAAUUUAUAUGAGCAGACUGGAUUGAAUAACAUUUUGACUACGACAGAGCAGACUGUUAAUCUGGAUGUAGAUAUUGGUUACCAGAAAAGCCAGGACCCCCCAUACAUUAAUAUGAUGUAUCUGUUCCAGCUUCCCUCUGUAGGCAACCUGAACUCCGAACUGUCUUUCAAGUCUGCCAUCAUUAAUUUGAAUGUCAGCGCUGGACUGUAUACUGAAGAUGAUCUUGUAUUCCGUCUGGCAGCUACCACAGCCUCUGUGUUUGACAGUCUAAAAGCCACACUUGAUGGCACCGCCAGUCUGACCACCAAGAGAGGAAUCAAAUUGGCGAAUUCCCUUUCCCUUGAAAAUUCUCACAUUGAAGGCACUCAUGACAGCACCAUCAGCAUGAACACUGACACUUUUGAAACAGCUAUCUCCGUGGGUACACUUGCAAAGGUCGCCCUGCCCAUACUCAACAUGGAAGCAAACCAAAAGCUUGUUGCAGACACCAAAACCAAAGCAAACGCUGUCUCCACCUUGAGCAUGCGUGGUGUUUUCAACAUCCCCAUGGUCAAGGCUGCUGUAAAGGCUGAAGCGGAACACAGUCUGAAGCUGGAAGGAACAUUUGAGGAUGUGUCGAUGGAAACCAUCACUAGGGGUAACAUGGAUGUCACAAUGGGAGAGGACUUCAUGCUUUUAGGAGUCCUGGAUAAUGAGGCUAAUAUGUACCUGAAUAAUAAUGGCUUACGAUCCACUUCCAAGAUUAUUGGUGAUGUUAAACUAAACCGUGGCACAGUUAAAGUAAUUGGAAUGGAUGUCAAUGAAAAUCUUGCCAUUGAAGCAUCCAUGAAGCGUGUGUAUGCCGAUCUGAAGUAUGCCAGCAAUAAUGAGGUGAAACCAUUAAAUACCAAGGGAAAGCACAUUGUGCAGGCUACCAUUGACUUUGUACCAACCUCUUCAUUGGCUGCCGAUAUUGAGAUUGGCAUAUCUCAGCCAAGCAACAUGGGCGUUUUCACUAUCUUUGAGAAGACUGUUGCUGAAAUGACUGCUGACAUGCAGAAGAUCUCCACAAAUAUGAAAUUUAAAACAGAUCUGUACUCCUCAACCAUGGAAGCUGAAGUAGAGGGCAGUGCUCCUGUCUUCAAAGUCACUGUAAAGUCCUCUGGCGAAUCAAUUAUUCCUUUCCUGCAAUACAACUUGGAUGCCUCAACUAAUGCAAACUUUGAGAAUGAAGCUCUGGACCUGAUUAGCAAGGCCGCCCUGACACAUGUGUACAUGACCAUGGAUGUCAACCAUGUCAUUACCCAAGCUUUGAGGAGCAAGCGUCAAGCUCAUGACAGUGCCUCUCGUCACACACUGAAUGUGGACAUCGCCAGUCCUAUUUUCUCUAAUGUGAACCUUCGUUAUGCUGCACGCAGAGAUGGCAUCAGUGCCUCCGUAUCCGCUUCAAAUACUGGUUUCCUUGGAAUUCAGUUCAGUGGCAGAGUCCCAUUUCCUAUGAGUGCACGAGUCUAUGCACGUUAUCCUUCGGCACCAGAUGUUGACGUUGACUUCUUGGCCAUCAGAUCAUCUCCUCUGGAUGAUGAUACAAUGAACUUGAAGAUUAUCUACAACAUGGAGGCAUCCAAAACAAUUCUCGCUGCACUUAGGGAUAAACUCCCUUCCAUCACAACUUUGCUGACAAUGAUUGAUGACGAGUACAUGAUCACAAGGAGCAUGGCGAUGUUGCAGGACGCUGUCGUGAAUUACAUCAAUGAAGUCUACAAUGAUGUAAUCAGCUACGAUGUGCAACUGAGCCAGCUGUCAGUUUUCUUCAGAAACACCUUAGUCCGCUUCCAGAGAAUUAUCCAGGCCCUCCUGGAGACCCAGUUCCAAUUUCCUGGAUCGAAUCAGAUGACCACUCUCCCUGAAAUACUAAAGGGGCUGACUGAAUACUUUGUUGUUCUGGUAGAUUUCACCACUGAAAUGAUCUAUGAGAGCAUGGGAGGCUUUGGUAGCUAUUUUGUUGAGCAGAUCAGUGGUAUGACAGUAUACAUGCCAUCUGGUGAUGCAGUCACUGGAGCCGAGAUUGUGGAUCAGGUCAAAAUAGCUUUCAGAAAACUCUGUGAUGAACUUAAAAAUAUUGACACAAUGCUAGUGGAGAUGGGUAAGACCUUUAAAGCUGUUGUUGAGAAAACUCAGGAGUUUGUUGACUCUCUAAAAUCUGACUAUCUAGAUGCAGUGUUCAUUCAUAUCAAUACAUUCUAUCGUAAGUUAGUCACAGCUAUUAAGAAUGAAGUUGACAAGAUGCCUGACUUCAGUAUGGAGAAUUUCAGCAUGGCAUGUGAGACCAUUAUAGACACCUUCAUCCAUAUAAUAGAUCAGGUCACUCUUGAGAUUACUUCUCUUCUGCAACAAGCCCCAAAUGAAGUUAAAGCCUACAUUAGCGUUGAAGAUGCAAAGCUUAAGAUUGACCUUCCAUUUCACUUCCAAAUGUGAGGAAAAACACAAGCUUUGAAAGAGUAUGGACUAUUUGCUCUUCAACAAUAUUUAUAACACCUGUUAAAUAUAUGUAUAAUUGAGAUAGUUUAUUGUGCACAAAUAUUGAACAUACACCUUUACAGAAGAGUGAAAAGCAUUAAUAAAAUAUUUUAAUGCAAUCUA